UUUCAGUAAUAAAUGUUUAAAUUCUGAAAUUCGGAGCUUGAAGGCGAAGCCGCUCUCUCUCCCCUCCCUUCCGUCGAUCCUCACCUUCCUUGCCGCCGCUGCAAUUUCCAUUUCUACGUUACUUCUCGCUGAAGCGGUCUCCUCCGCCUGAAUGCUCACCAACGACCACCCUAGCCCUUUGGCGCCCACCAACUCCACACCGUCUUCCUCGCGACGCAGCAGAAGGGAUUUUGAAUUUUGUGCGACCCCAAAUUUCGUCGGCAUACAAAUCAUAAAUCGAAAUCUAGUUGCUUUAACUGGAUCUGAAUGCUAAUCCGACUGCAGACAUCAAGACCCGUUUUCCAGGCGUGUAUCAAUUAGCCAGAUCUACCUUCGUUCUUGUCUCCUACACUUGGUUGUUCUGCGAGAUCCAUCGUAGAAGUGUUGGAAGUUGAAAUCCGUUUAGCUUUCUCUUCUGUUUCACCUAUGAUUUGGGGCAACCUUGCUUGGAUUUGAGUUUUCAGCUAAAAACUGCGUUUCCGGGUUCCAGAGACAUCUCGGUGCUUCGUUUAGGUUUUGCAGGAUGCGGAAUUCAAUCGCCAGUUACAAAGAGAGUCUCUCUAGGAUCGCCCACGAGGUCCUUGACACCGCUGAGGAGUCUAGCGAAAACGGUCCGGUUUUGGCCCGCCGGAUCUCCCAGCACUCGUCGCGGUCUGCUCCAUUGCAGCCAUCUUCUCAUGCCAACGGGACCGAUCAUGGUUACAUUGAGGAGAUUGCAAGAUAUAGGGCUGAUAUUCAGAAGCUGCAGGCAUCUGAGUCUGAAAUUAAAGCAUUAUCAUUUAAUUAUGCUGCUUUGUUGAAAGAGAAAGAGGAACAACUUCGUGAUUUGCAGCUAGAAAAUGGUUCGUUACGAAGAAGUUUGGAGGAUAGAAAAGAUGAUGUAAGCUUAUCAAAAGAUGAGAGUCCAAGAACACUGUCAAAUAACUCUGUUACACCCAAGGGUGAUUUGGAUCGUGUCUCCCUCAAACCUCGAAAGGCUAGGACUCGAGAAAACUCUCACUCUGGAAACCAUGCACUGGGAAAUUCCGUUUCUAAGAAGCAAAAUGGAUUCGACUAUGGGAGUGCACUCCAAAAUCCGGUGGUAGAAUCUGCAAAUUCUGAAUUGCUUUAUAAGGAACGUGAAAAAUUGCUGGAAGAAGUCAAAUCUCUAAAAGCUGCGCAGGCUGAUCAUCAGGCUGAAGUGAAACUGCUAACGGAACAGCUCGACAAAGAGCGAGCAAAUGCAUCACUCUUAAAGAUCAAGUUGCAUGAGGAACACGAACGUAACGAGGCUUCUCAUAGAGAACUCUGUAAUUUAAAAACAGAUAUGGAAAAGGUUUCAGAGACAAAAGAAUUACAGGAAGAACUAGAUAGGAGUUUAUCAGAAUUAAGAAGGCUGCAAGCGGAAGUGAGCAAAAAGGAUUUAGAAUUAGAACAAAAUGAAUCAGUGGACAGUUUGAAAUUAGCAAUGCAGAGACUAGAAAAGGAAAAGCUUGAAGUAACGACUGAAAAGAAUGAACUUGAAAAAAAGCUAAAUUCUUUUCUGAACAAUAAACGAGAAAAGGAUGACGAUGAUGGCUCAGAUUUACUAAAUGCAAGCAAAAGUGAACAGAAUGCGGUAAAGAUGACAUCAAAAGUUAGAGAGUUGGAGGAAAUACUGAAAGAGACAUGUAAAGAACGGGAUAAAGCUUUACAGGAAUUGUCUCGUUUGAAGCAGCACUUAUUGGAUAAGGAACUUGAAGAUGAGGACAAGAUGGAUGAGGACUGCAAGAUGAUUGAAGAACUGAAGACAAGGAUUGAAUAUCAGAGGGCUCAAAUUUUGCAGUUGGAGAAUGCUUUGCUGCAGGAAAGAACAAGGAGGGAGGAGUUAAAGAAGCUAAAAAGUGAUGAACUGCAUCAAUCAAAUGAAACCAUUAAGGAACUGAAGCAAAAGCUUGCUAAUUUUAUAAGCAUAAUUGAUGCAAAGAAUGUUGAACUCCAAAAUCUUCAAACUGCCCUAGGGCAAUACUAUGCUGAAAGUGAAGCCAAGGAGCGUUUUGGAAGAGAAUUGGCUGCAGCAAGAGAGGAAUCUGCAAAAUAUUCAGAAUUACUUAAUGCCGCCAGCCAAUCUUUGGAAACAUCUAAAAGAGAAAAUGAAGAAAUUAAUGUCAGACUUUCACAAACUGAAAGAAUGUUGUCAGAAAGCAAGGGCUCCCUGCAUAAACUAGAGGAAGAAAACUCAAAACUACGCCAUGCACUGGAGCGAAGUAUGACAACAUUAAACAGAAUGUCACUAGAUUCAGAUAAUUUUGUAGACAGGCGCAUUGUGAUUAAAUUGCUCGUGACAUAUUUUCAAAGAAAUCAUAGUAAAGAGGUUCUAGAUCUUAUGGUUCGCAUGCUGGGUUUUUCUGAUGAAGACAAACAGAGGAUAGGCUUUGCUCAACAUUCUGCUGGUAAAGGUGUUGUUCGAGGUGUAUUGGGUUUACCAGGUCGUCUAGUUGGGGGAAUCUUAGGCGGAAGCACUGCUCAAACCUCCCCUAGUUCUUCUGAAAAUCAGUCCUUUGCAGAUCUAUGGGUUGAUUUUCUUCUCAAAGAAACAGAAGAAAGAGAAAGACGUGAAUCUUCAGAAGAUUCUCAAAUGUAUUCCGUUGGACAAAGCGACAGUGCAAGAACUUCAAGAGCGCAGGUUCCAAAUUCUGCUUCUGUAAAACAGUAUAAGCCUUCUGAGCACUCGGAUGCUGAGUUCUCAACUGUUCCCUUAACCACAGCGACUUCAGCAUUGCCAUCUCACAAGAACUCUCAACCUAUACGGUCACAGAGAUACUAAUUAAUGGUAAAUUUUCAUAUAACUAUGUAGAUAAUAUGAUAACGCGAAUACAAGUUGAAAGUUUGCAGUAUUACCUUUCAUUGUGUAUGUGGUUCUUUUGUAUUGGUCUUCGCUGUAUUCUUUCUUACUUGCAAUAAGAAAAAAAUGUUUUUUUUUGUGAACA